AUGUUCCCAAGAGCUUGUUACAAAUGCGGUGAAACCGGCCACAUCGCCGACGACUGCCAGCAGCAGGAGAGAUUGUGCUACAACUGCCGCCAGCCUGGUCACGAGUCCGGUGCUUGUCCUGAACCAAAGACCACCGCUUCCAAGCAGUGUUACUCUUGCGGUGACGUUGGUCACGUUCAGGGUGACUGCCCUAACGCUGCUCAGGGCUCCAAGUGUUACACUUGUUCCGAGUUUGGCCACAUCUCCAGAGAGUGCCCAAAGGCUGAGUCUGCUCCAGCUCCAAGAAGAUCUGGCAGAUACCAGGGUAAGGCCACCACCUGUUACAAGUGUGGCGGUCCUAACCACUUUGCCAAGGACUGCCAGGCCGGCUCUGUCAAGUGUUACUCUUGCGGUAAGACUGGCCACAUUUCCAAGGACUGCAACUUGGCCACUGACAAGUUUGCCAAGGCCUGCUACCAGUGUGGUCAGACCGGCCACAUCUCGAAGGACUGUGUUUCUGUCAACUAA